AGGGCAUUUUGUGUCGUAUCUAGAUAUAUAUAUACAUAGAUGUCCAAGUCGUGUGUAACCUCAUUGAAGUUGAGUGUGAAUAAUAAAAUUAGUUUAUAAUUUGAAUAUUAUAAAGCAGUUCAUAAAUUAUUAAUGCACCCAUUUUCCUGUAGUGAUUAUAAGUGGUGUUAAUAAACAAAAAAAUUAAAUAUAAAAGUACAGCAUAAUUAUUGCAAAGGGCAAUAGCUGUCAUACUUACCUAAGAAGCUGGAAGAUUCUUGAAGACCAGAUGACAUCUGAUGACCUGAAACGGAAGAAAAAGAAUGAUUAAAAGAAAAUUUAAAAAAUAUAAUGGUGUAUACUCAUCUAAUGGGAAAUAUAAAUAAGCCUAUGAUACAGUAUUGCUGAUAAAUCGUGAUUACUCACUUGAGACUGGAACAACGAGGAACCUAACCAGAGAAGAAUUGGACAAAGACAGUUAUCAGGAAUUGAUGCGCAGUUUUCAAUACACUCAUGCUGCUUUGCUCUAAUAAACAAAAGGAAAUUACUAAGAGUAAACAAGGAGCUUUAAGAAUAAAGUCUAUCGAAGCAAUAAGCAAAGGGUUCAAAGAAAUGGAUGAUCAAUACCAGGGAGGUGAUUCUACUCUUGGAAGAGGAAAGAGAACUAAUAAGGAUAAAGGAGAUUUGAAUAAUCAAGGAAGAGACAUAGUCAGAAUGCAGGAAGGGAGAUAUCUAACGAAUAAGUAUCAAGGAAACAGGAAUAGGAUAAGAGAAGGAAAGAGUUCUGAGGAUCCAAAAAGGAUAGGCAAAGGAAUUGUAAAGAAAGAAUUGAAGAAAGAUGUUGACUAUAGGAAGUAUAAGACAGAGAUCAAAAAGGAUAAAGACGGAGGGGAAGGAUCCAAGACUAUUCAAAUAAUACAAGAAAAGAAAGUAAAAACAAAAAGGAAUAACCCACUAGUGAUCAUCAAACCUGAAAAAGAGGAAGAUUCGAGCGACGCAUACACAGAUUCGACAGCAGAUGACACAAAUGCCUAUAAUAAACAACAAGCAUUCGAAUUGAUCAGUAGUCUUCAGGACAGCGCCGAGUACGAAGCUAACCAGAAUACAGCAGAGUCAAGAGACAUAAGAAAAAUGAUGCAGCAAAUGAUUCAAUAUCUUAAAAUUCUAGACACAUGUUCCAAAUUUUGGCACAAGUAUGAAGUUGGAAUCGAGAAUUUAUUUACAAAUUUUGAAAAGUUGCAGGAAGAGUUAGAAGAUAAAUUGCGUAAAGCUUGCGGAAGAGUAGUAACCGGAGAGAUUCAAGAAAACAAAAGAGAUGUGAAUAAAGCCGAAAAUAUUGAAUUGAUUGAAGAAAAGGAAACUGAUGUCAAUAUGAAUAAUAAAGUAGAAGUUGCAAGUAAGAAGAAAGCACAAAUGAAUGAUAAAAAAAAAGACAAACCUCGAGUUUCAAGAACGAAAAUAAUUAAGCAGAACAUUAAAAUAGUUAAAGGGAGAGAUCCAAAGCUGGAUAUGAAGUUAAUAGUUAGACUGGAAAACCUAAAAGAUGAACAAAUUUCUCGAGAGUUGGAAAAUAAUAGGUCCAAACGGGCAAGAAAACAAACCAAGUUUUUUGGUGAAAGAAGCAACGAAGCUGAUGAUGUAAUCAUGGCUGACCGACCAAAGUUUGUUGAUGAAAAUUUAAUUACUAAAGUCAAGCGUAGAAAUGCGUAUUAUCAUAAAAAAAUUUUAGAAGAGGGUAUCACUCCCAGAAGGAUGAACCCGAGAUCUAGGGCAAUUCGCAGUAGAAAAUGCAUGGAUACUAAGAGAUCAAAGGGAGGAGGCAGACCUAGAUCGUCGAUCUAUGCGAGUGACUCUAGUGAUUAAAAGAGAUAUUUAGUUUUGCUACAAAACAUGGUUAGCACAGGCUUAUAUUAUAUUAUUUUGUAUUAACCUUACUAUUAUGAUAUUAUAUAUUAAAGCUAUAAGAUUUUAUAUAUAUAUAGUUUGAUACAAAUAGUUUUAGAAAAAUUUCCUAAAAUAUUCGUAAGGGGAAGAAUGCCACAGGGAGUCACGGUAGCAUAUAUGUAAAAUGUGGCUAGAAUACCGUAAAAUUAUUUUGCUGAAAAUUAUGUAAAAGAGCGCAAUUAUAUAUCCCGAAAGAACUAAUGAUUUAAACACAGAUCUGAGUCAUACGUCUUGAAUUAAGCAAACCGUGACAAAAGCGUUUAAGCUAUUUACCAUAAAUUUGUUAAUUAAAAAGUAUUAUUGUCAACUCCGUAAUUAUAAGUCGUAUUAAAGAUUAUUAUUACACAAUAAGGAAGAUUAAAGAACAAAUACCAGAGGGUUUUGAUUUA